GUAAUGACAACGCGAAAGACUCCACGCAUGGGCUCGCAGCGUGCAGUGACGGUCUCUCAAUUGUGCAACGUUCAGCAGCAGCAGCAGCAGUAGCAGCAUUAUUAAUACGGAAACCUGGACUACUUACUUAGCAAGGGCUCUCCAGCAGAGGGCACAGUGAAAUUUGAUGCAGCCCCUGCCCAUUCAGCCUGUCGACGCACUGUAUCUUCUGUACGAGUAACACCUUUGAGAGCCAUGAAGACUUCCCCUGAUCUCAUGCCUACUGAGCUGGACCCGACCCGUGUUUGCAAAGGAAAGGGUGCUGUCACUUUGAGAGCCACACUAGUGCAUAUCGAUGAUGAGGAUGACACAAUCCUAAAGCUGUCCAUGAACUCUGCCAAAAGUGUUUGGCUUGGUGCGGUCAAUGGAGCUGCCACAGAAGCAAGUCUGGAUAAGACAAGUGUAAACAACACCGAAGAUUAUUUAAAUUCAACACAAGUCAAUGAGACAUUAACAAAGGUGGACUCACCUGUAAAUGAGAGUGAGUCUCAGCUCACAUCCUGCCUUGAUCCACUGAAUCCUAUUACCACAUCAGCCAAAGUAUCCUCUUCUUUCCCCCCCACCAGCAGUGUGAAUCCAACAAUCGUCCUGCUGCAGCACAACAGAGAAGCUGUUGCAGACCAGGGCAGCGUCUCUAAUCAGAGCCCAGCCAUCAGCCACAACAGAAAUUCCCCUGAGACUUCAGCAGACAUGGAAAGCAAGACACCAAUAUUGUCUGAACAUUCAGCACCCAGAGUCCCAGUGCGCAACACAGAGAUAUCAAAGGACUGGUACAGAAACAUGUUUAAACAGAUACACAAAGUCCCAGAAACAAUCGAAGAAAAUCCAUAUCGUCCCACCUACAUAUUCCCUGAGAGCAAUGACAGGCCUGUAAGAACCAGAGAUGACAGUCUAUCAUAUGCAGGUGAAGAUGUGCGGACUGUUCCUCGCUCAAAGAGUGCAGUAGACAUGGGGAGCUCCAGAAGACAGCUGCCUGUGCCCACACGCACAUCUUCCCUGAAACCGCAAAGGAAUGAGUGGGAGCCCCCUGACAAGAAAGUAGACACCAGGAAGUACCGCGCAGAGCCCAGGAGCAUAUUUGAGUACGAGCCAGGAAAGUCUUCUGUGCUGAGGCUGGAGAAACCGACUCAGGACUUAAAUCCAGAAGAUGUAGAUUUAGAGAAUGAGCCUUGGUAUAGGUUCUUUUCAGAGAUGGAGAUUGGCAAAGUGAGUGCCCCCUCUUUCACCCCCUUGGAAAAAUCUUCUGACCUACAGCCAUACUCAGCCUGUAAAGCAGCUUACAGUGAAGCAGAGAAGGAUAGCUUGUCUGCUGGUGGACAGGCAGCUCCAGAAUGGGAUCAUCACAUUUACAAGAGUGUCCUGGAGGGCGGUGACAUCCCUCUGCAGGGCCUGAGAGCACUUAACAAGCGCAACCCCAGCACAUCAUCAAAAGACUCAGAUUCUUCACACCCUUUAAGCCAAGGAGAUCAUGGAGAGAACUCAGAAGAGACAGCCCUUAAACGCUACGGAGAUAAAGAGAAAAUUCUUGAAGAGCAGAGACGGCUGAAGCGCGAGCAGGAAGAGGCAGACACAGCCGCUCGCAGACAUGCUGGGCUUGUUGUAACUCAUCAACAGUUCAUCACUAAUGACCGCUUCGGUGACCUGCUUGUUAUUAAUGAGAAAGAGAAGAGGAAAACCAUAGAGAGGACUCCUGCUCUGGCACGAUUUGACUUCAGAGCCGAAACUCUAAAGGAACUACCAUUUCAAAAGGGAGAUAUUGUAUACAUCUAUCGGCAGAUUGACCAGAACUGGUUUGAGGGAGAGCAUCAUGGGAGAGUUGGAAUUUUUCCACGCAGCUACGUAGAGCUCUUGCCCCCAACAGAGAAGGCUCAGCCAAAAAAAAGUGCUCCAGUCCAGGUGUUGGAAUAUGGAGAAGCUAUUGCUCGUUUCAAUUUCAAUGGAGACACUGCAGUUGAAAUGUCUUUUAAAAAGGGGGAGCGUAUCACACUUAUUCGUAGAGUAGAUGAAAACUGGUAUGAAGGUAAAAUUUCUGGCACUAACCGGCAAGGCAUCUUCCCAGUCACCUACAUAGAGGUGCACAAGAGACCCAGAGUUAAAAAUGGAAUUGACUACCCAGAUCCACCUAUCAGCCAGUCACCACAUCGGAGCACUAAUGCAUCUCCACAGCCAAUUUGCAACCGUCUCACCACCUCCCCCCUCCCUCUGCCCCGGUCUCCUCACCGUUCUAUCUCCCCUGAAGUCCAUGCCAUCUCCAAUGAGUGGAUUUCUCUCACUGUGGGCGGAGUCAGCAGCAGCCCUCCAGCCGCACCCACCCCACCACUUCCCCCUCUGCCAAGCACUCUAUACCGCUUGGGUGAAUACUUGUCCCCUUCAUUGUCUGCCAGCCCUGUGCCUCCCAACAGCAGCAGCCCCUACUUGGUCUCCCCAAUGGCAUCUCCAUCCAGCUCUCCUUUACCCCCGCCCUAUCCACCCCGCCCCAGCUCGGCCACCCCAUUCCUCACCUUCACUCCACCUCAAGGGGAGGACUUCUUCCUUUCCCCACCUUCUCCUCGCCUCUGUCGCAGCCUGAGUCCCUGUGGGGGUGCUGGGCUUGAGGGUUGGCUUACUGGGGGCAUCAGGCUGGAUCAGGAGUUACAGGAAGGGGAUGGGGCAGAAAUAGACAGGGCUGGCAGCCUCCGCAAGGCUCCUUACAGCAGGGGCAAUAGCCCAGCAGAGCCAUUGAAGAAUGAUCUAGAAUAUUAUAGGUCUUCAAGAAGUCCUGUCAUGCUGUUUGACAUCCAAGACAACAACAUGAACGGCAAUUCAUUUACGGAGGCAGUAUGUAAUGAGAUCAUGAAUAUUGCAGAGACCUCAGUGAGGUACUGCAGCACUUUGUCACACCCUGUAGACUUCGCCAACAGACUCCUGCCUCCUCCUAGUAAACACUCUCUCAUCAUUUCCCAGCAACCCCUGUCGCAGAGCAGCAGCCCAGAACCUGGACGCAUGAGCUGUGGGAUAUUUCAGGCUCUGUACAAUUAUGUGCCUCAGAAUAACGAUGAGUUGGAACUACAGGAAGGAGACUUGGUUAGCGUCAUGGAGAAAUGUGAUGAUGGCUGGUUUGUGGGUACAUCGAAGAGGUCAAAACAGUUUGGCACUUUUCCAGGAAAUUAUGUGAAAGCUGUUAAUUUGUGACAUGACAUAAUUUAACAAAUUAUGAUUUGUAUAAAGAAAUUCUAGCACUAUGCUUAAGCAGCCUGACCUGUUUGGGACACUCUCCCUGUUGACAUCAAAUUAAGACUUCUCCUUCCCUUGAAUCUUAAAUCUGUAUCUUGCCCAAAUGAAUGUCACAGGUAUGUAAUCAGUGAGGUUUGCGGCAUGUCGACAAAGAACAUACAGUGUCAAAAUAGCAUUUUUUUUUUAUCACUGAAUGAUUGUUUCUUGAACCUGCUCAGAUUCAGUUUAAAGCCAUUAAUGGAAAAUAUCCAACUUGAAGAAAAGUGGAAAAAGGGUUUUAGUAAGUUUACAGCUGCUAAUUGUACUGAAGUCCAGUGCAUAACUUUACCUUCACAUACCUGACAUUACAAACAUUAAGUAAAAUGUAUUACAUUUAAGAAUUUGUAUUUGCUAUAAAUGAGAUGAGUGUAUUGAUAGCUCCCGAAGUUGUCUGUAUUAAGUGUUACAGGGACGGGUUCUGGAAUCUGUGAAGGGAUCAUAGAAAGAGUUAGGUUUAACGUAAUUUUAAGUGUUUAUAUUAAAUGUUUCACUCCCAUUGUUUUUGAAAUGCAGAUUUAAGGCACAUUCUUUUAAAGAGUGUGAUUUUAAUUUAUAUUCCGAUGUGGCCUCAAAAUGCUCUCAAAGCAUUGAAAGAGACAACAAAAUUAGCUUAACCUCUACAAUGUAUAUUAAAAUCCAAGCAAAGCCAUUUGUUGACAUCAAAAUGAUGUAACAUCUAUCAGUGUUUGUUUUGUUAAAAAGGAUAUUAGACUCUUAGCUCAUAUGAUGUUCAACAGCAACUUGCAUUGCAGACUUGGAGUCAAGGGAAUGUUUUGAUGCAGCAUGCUUUCAGCUUCUCAGCAAUUACUGUACUCACACAUUUUAAGGUUCAUAAGAUUACAAGAAUGCAGUGACCAACUCUGAAAUCUCCAGUUAGAAAUACAAGUUAGAAAUUAAUAACAAAAAAGAGACAAGCUUUGUUUGAGCACUAUUAUUGUAGUGAGGUAAAGGGCUUAAACUAAACCCUACUAAACAAAGCCAAAC